AUGGAGGAAACACCGGCGCAGGCGCAGCCAUGCAAGAGCGCCGGCACCACUCAUGUCGCCCAGAGCGCCGGCACUACAAGGACGACACUCCGCAACCCGCUCCUCGUCGUCAACUUCGUCCUCAUGGUCGUCGCCUCAGCGGGCGGCCCGCUGUUCCUCCGCGCCUACUUCCUCCACGGCGGCGCCCGCAAGUGGCUCUCGGCCUUCCUCCAGACCGCCGGCUUCCCGCUCCUGCUCGUGCCGCUCUGCGUCUCCUUCUCCCGUCGCCGCCGGCGCGACCGCGACGACACGCCGGCGAAGUCGUCCCGCACGCCGUUCUUCCUCAUGACGCCCCGCCUCCUGGCGGCGUCCUCGGCCAUCGGCCUCAUGACCGGCCUCGACGACCUCCUGUACGCCUACGGCCUGGCGUACCUGCCGGUGUCCACGUCCUCCAUCCUCAUCUCCACGCAGCUGGCCUUCACGGCCGCCUUCGCGCUGCUGCUGGUGCGGCAGCGGUUCACGGCGUUCUCGGUGAACGCCGUGGCGCUGCUCAGCGCCGGCGCCGCCAUGCUCGGGAUGAACGCCGGCGGGGACCGCCCCGCGGGCGUGUCGCGGGCGCAGUACGGCGCCGGGUUCGCCAUGACGCUCAGCGCCGCCGCGCUCUACGGCCUCGUGCUCCCCGUCAUGGAGCUCAGCCAGGCGCGCCACGCCGCGCGCGCAGGCGCCGCGGCCGUCACCUACACGCUCGUCAUCGAGAUGCAGCUCGUCAUCGGGCUCACCGCCACCAUCUUCAGUGUCGUCGGCAUGCUUGCCAACAAUGAUUUGCACGUAAGUUCAUUUUCGCUGCCAAUUUUUCUGUUCGGCUGA